GAUAUAGUAUAGUGUCGGUUGGGUCGUUUGGAGGAGUGUGAACCCAGUUUCGCAUUUACUGUGAAAGGUGAACAGUCAUUAAUGGGCAAUGAACCGGAUGUAAACGGCACCAUAUUGGCCGUAAAGACAGCAGAAAACGUCCCGCUGUUUGGUUUUCAGACUUUCUCUCACUGCGGCCGACACACGUCCAGACUAACAACCUCGAAUAAACGGGUAAACGGGUUCGUGUUGUCGAGGGGAGCAGCCGUUAGAGCGCGGGCUAACGGAGCCGCUCAACAUGGCGGCCAUGAAAACUUUCUCCUGUCAGACGGAGCUGAUCAUGGAGGUGGCGGUGGAGUCGGUGGUCUCCGUCCUUCAGCAGCGGCUCGGGCAGCAAGAGGCGGACAGCGGGGACACAUGGAUUCAGCUCACCACUGUCCUUCAUGUGAUGUCAAGAGAGGCUGUUCGUAAAAUUUGCAGUGUUUUCAGAGAGCUGUACACAAGUAUAGAGAAGGAAACCGAAUUCCUGAAGGGGAAAGUCAAACACCUGGAGUCUGAACUGAAGUCAAAGAACCAGAAAAACUCCACAGCUGAGAAGAUCCAGAUUCAGACAGUUUAUAAGAUCAAACCAGCAGAUGGACCCUCUUUGUCACUCGACACCAACCAACCAGCUGCUGACCCUGCCGCUCUGGCCGUGGCCAUCCUCAACUCGACCAAGCCAAGCGCUGGCAGCCCCCAGGUCCCUCUGGUCAUCAUCAGCCAGCCACUCCACAGACCAGUCACAGGUCAGAACAGCCCUGCCCCUCAGGUGCUACAGGGGAAACCAGAUCAGAACAGCACUGCUGCGAGACUGGGUGACAUUCAGACUGGGCUGCUUUUAAAAAAGAUCCCGAGAUCCACAGACUUUGAAGAAGCACCUGAUUUCAUCCAGUCCUCAUCACAUAUGACAUUAAUUCCAGUGGCUAAUGAUCAGCCAACUAGUGACCCCACAAAUAUAUCUGCGACAGUCAGUGAAGACCCAUCCACACCUGAAGCAGAGCCAGCUGUGGAUGAACCACAGAUGAAGGUGGAAUCUGUUGAAGAGACAUCUGAAGACCUGACAUUCACUGAGAACCAACCAGGUCUGAGUGAGGAGCAGAAGCAGGUGGAGAGGAGGAGGAGGAGGGAGCUGUACAAAGAGAAGAGCUUCUGUGAUAAAGGUUUCUACAAGGCAAAGACUCUGCAGAAACACCAGCUAAUCCACCGGCUGAGGGAGGCUCAAGAGAACGACCCAGACAAACUGCUACGGUGUGACCAAUGCGACAGGAAGUUCAGACUGUUGCGGCAGCUCCGAGUCCACCAGGCGUCUCACCGACUGGAGAAAUCACCACUGAAGUGCCACGCCUGUGACCGCACCUUCACCACCUCCAGUGCGCUCCGCUACCACGAGGUGUCACAUGCCCAGGUCAAGCCCUUCAUGUGUGAUGUUUGUGGGAAGAGUUUCACCAGGAAGAAGAGCCUUCGAGAGCACCAGACGGUCCACACCGGUGCCCGGCCCUACUCCUGCCAGACCUGUGGCAAGAGCUUCUCCACCACUAGCAAUCUGCGUGUCCACAAAAGGUCGCACUCAGAGGAGCGGCCGUUCAAAUGCAGCGAAUGCGACAAGGCCUUCAAGUGUAAGAUGGGUCUGCUGCAGCACCGCGUGGUGCACUCCGGAGAGAAACCCUUUAUGUGCCAGACCUGUGGACUGAGCUUUGGACUGAAGUAUAACUUCCAGAGACACCUACGGCUUCACAGUGGAGAGAAGCCCUUCAGGUGUGAUAAAUGUGGGGAAGGAUUCACAGGGACCUGGGCUUUGAAGACCCACAUGCUAGUUCAUGGUGUGGAGAAGCCGUUCAUGUGUGAUCUGUGUGGGAAGACAUUUUUCUAUAACUGUCAGCUCCAGAAACACCAGCAACUGGUCCAUAUCAGUAAAGACGGGGGGAAGGAUGGAGGAAAGGUCGGAGUGACGAGGAGACGGAGGUCGAGCGGAGUCAAACCAUUCAGCUGUAAAAUAUGUCUGAAGAGCUUCAGUAGCAGCACCACACUGAGGACACAUGAGAGGAGCCACGCUGACAGCAAAGAGUUCACUUGUGACACCUGCGGGAAGUCCUUCCACCUGCGACACCUGUACCUAUACCACCUGCGGCAGCACAGCGGCGACUGGCCGCAUGUCUGCAGUGUCUGUCAAAAGGGUUUCCUGCUGUCAUCGCAGCUGAAGCAACACCAGCUGCUGCACACCGGAGUCAAACCUCACAGGUGUGAACAGUGCGGAAAAGAGUUCAGGACACCACAGAACUCCCCCCGCCACUUGCUGGUGCACACCGGAGAAAAACCCUAUGAGUGCAGGGUGUGCAGCAGGAAGUUCAGGCAGUCCAACCAGCUCAAGUCUCACAUGCAGAUCCACACUGGCGUCAAGCUGUACUCCUGCAACCGCUGCAGCCAGGGCUUCUCUGACUCCCGACAGCUGAAGAAACACUACUGUGGAGACAAUGGUCAGGGCGCACUUGAUUCCUGCAACAAAUGCAGGGAACAGAGGAAUGACUUCCCCUGGACAGAAGAGAUCACACAACAGUGAUAAACUGAAAGGUUUAUUUAACAUAAGUAUAGGCCAUUUAAGAUUUAUGGGAUCAAUAAAAGAUGCAGGAAACACGGAAUGACUUCCUCUGGAGAGUUAACCAACCAAUGAUGGCAUGAAAUGUUUACUAAAGAUAGUUAACAGUAAUGUUCUGGUCCAGGUUUGCCUUCUGUUUAUUUCUGAGGCCUCAUGUUUGUGUUCACUAUGAGGUCAGUGGUUAGCUAAGCAUAAAGCCUGUUACCAGCUAGCCUGACUCUGUCCAAAGGUAACAAAACACACAUUUAAAGAUGAGUGGUUACCGUGCUUGAUCGAUUUGUUCAAAGUGAAGUCAAAUGAGUAAAAUCCAUUGUUUGUGUUCCCACGGGAUUAACCACUGAAAUUAUUUGUUUCCAUCCACACUCAUCUUUUCAUCACACUCACAAAGACAGCAUGUUGUACAAUUCCGUUAUCGGUCAUUAUUAUUUUUUAUAUUAAAAAAAUUAGAAAAAAUUUUGACAGCAGAGAUACAGAAAGUGAAAACAGGUUCUAACAGUAUUGGCCAUCUGUAGUCUUUAAUAAUUUGAAGCAACCAGCCUCCUGUUUUUCACCCUUUUUGAAGCCGAUUCUGAGCUGCUUAGUGUAAACUGAGCUCAGCCAACACUGCAGGUUACAAAGCAGCUAGAACUUUGUCUUUUGGUGAAAAAGGUGUAAAAACUGAAAAUGACUGACUAAAUGGACUCUUUGACCUCCAGCACCUUGUUUCACUCAAUCAGCAAUAAACUGAAGUUUACUUGAA